AUGCACUUUUCUGCGUCUUUUCUCCCUUCGCUGGUGCUUGCGGCGUCGUUGGUGGCUGCUCAAGCUGUUCCCAAGCACAACUACACAUGCACAAGCUUUAUGGUCAAGGUCCCCGUGUCAAACGUGACUGUGAUUGUCCCACCCUUCCCAGAACUUCCCAAUCAAUACGCUGCCACAUCAUUGGCAAAUCAAAUCACGAUUCGGACACCAUCCUCUCCAGAGGUCAACCUGACCACCUUGACCAGGACAUUCAACAUCAGCGCAGAGUACUGCACUCCAGCCAAGUCCGGGCCGAGAGCAUCAACCCUGCAGAUCCUCUCCCAUGGUUUAGGCUUUAACAGAAGCUACUGGGACUUCUAUCUCCACUCCAAGCGCAACGAUGCGCAGUACUCAUACGUCAACAGCGCCACGGGCGCCGGCUACAGCACGCUAUCCUAUAACCGUCUUGGGAUCGAACCCUCCACAAUCGCAGACCCGUAUAGAGAGAUCCAAGCAUUAGUCGAAGUCGCAGUCCUCGCUGGCCUAACGACACUCGUCCGCGCCGGAAAUAUCACGCAGGUCCCCGUUCCCCAGAAGGUCAUCCACAUCAGCGUCGGCCUCGCCGCUGUUGCUCCAGGCCUUUCGGACGGCAUCGUCCUCACGGGCUACUCCGCGCUGUCCCAGUACACGGCCUUCUUCAUCGCCAACACGGCCUUCCACCUCGCGAACCAGAACCAGCCCAAAAGGUUCCCACCCAGCAAAUACUCCUCCGGGUUCUUGACCUGGCCCGACAAAUUCGGCAACCAAUUCUCCUUCCUCGAAUAUCCCUACUUCGAUCCCGCAGUGCUGGACCGCGCCGAGGCGACGAAAUACCCAUUCACCGUCGGCGAGUUUAUCUCAGCCUCGGCUGUUCCUGUUGCGGCGCCCAAUUUUCCAGGGCCCGUGCUCUACCUGGCUGCGCAGUCGGAUCUCAUCUUCUGCGCGAGUAACUGCACGGGUCUCUUUGGACCGGACAGUGUUGCGGUCCAGGGCUUCAAUGGCAGCAGCAGCGUUGAGACGUAUAUUCAACCGAACGUGGGACAUGGCAUCAACUUGCACCAUAACGCCACAGGCGCGUACAAUGUGAUAAUGGACUGGGCGGAAAGACAUGGUUUUUGA